AUCUCUCUGCAGUGGAGAGAAGCGACAAGGUAGGCUGUCAUUCUGCAAAAGCUGCCCAGAACAGGCUUUCCUCUGAAAAGCAGUGCCAUUCCUUUUUAGAGACUGAAUCUAAAUGUUGUCUCUGGAGACAAGAAGCCUUCGGUAUGUUCAAUUACUUCAUUACGUUUUUCAGACGCUUAUUGAUUCCACAGUAGGAAGAGUGAGAGACUGCAGCAGCCUCUCAGCAGCACCACACGUCCCAUACGUUAGCAGGACCGCUGAGACAAUGGCACAGGACAGACACAUGUUUUCAUUAAGGUCUUUUCUGAAGAGAUGUUUAUGACCCUCUUCCCCCAGUCCUCUGCUAACAAGUGAACAAAAUGCAUCAGUCAAAACUGGAAACGCUUCAACUACAUCAGGAAUGUAUCAAAUCCUUAGCGGAGGGCCCACAGCAGCUAAUUCAGUAUUUACAACUGACAAUAUGAAGAAUGCAUCUGAUCAAACACCUCUCUAGCUGCCUGAACCAAAAACUGCAGGAUAUUCUUCUGACACAUGAAUUUAAGACAUUAAGGAGUUAAAACCAGAAAAUACACGUCCACAUUACUGCUGGGAUAUAACACAUGGACAGCAAUGAUCCUAAGAAGAUGCUAUAUAAAAUAGACACAAAAAGAAAAACAAUUUAACUGCGAAAGCCUGAGAACAAAAUGGUGAGCAUUUUUAAAAGGGGAGUUUAUACUUUAACAUACCGGGACUGUGGAGCUGUUUCCUGAAGAAACAAUGAGGCACGGAAUGCCAAAAAGAGAAUGCCAUAUAUUAGCAGCAAGCUAAAUAAAGCUUUAUCAUGUAUUUUCUGCACUAAAUAUUCAGAUAUUCAUAGCACUUGAUAUUACUAAAGGAUUUUUUCAUCUAAGUUUUAGGACUAUGUAUCCUCUUCUAAUGAAAACAAAUCAAAUUAAAUAGCAGAUGGUUUUUAUCAAAAGAACAUGGACUGGAUUUAUAACACAAAGCAAGUUAUGUGAUCAAGAAAUUAUUUCAAACUAAUGAGGACUGUUAUAGAAACAGAUUUACAUUUGUAACAGAAGGAUGUCGAAAUACAUUUUAGAAGCUAGAAACCGUAUGUCUCCUUUUUUGUUUUCACGUGUCCUGGAAAAUAAAGAGACACUAUCAUAUAUUCCCUCAAAGGGAAACACAAUUCCUAUCAUUUGAGGAAGUUUCUCUUGGUCGUGACUUUUUAAGGCAAAACAAACACAAAUAUUUUGCACUGGUCUUUAGAAAUCCAUCAGCCAACUAAAUCUCACAAUUCAUGCAGUUUGAAGUAUUGGAGAGAAAAUGAAAGAAUUUCUACAAGACAUGAAAUAAAACACAGCUACUUCACUGUUGUCAGGUAAAAAUUCAUGUCAAAAUCUGUCAAUGACAUCAUGAAUCAAUUUGUGAAAAUCUGCUAUAGUGAGCCAAAAGGCCAAUAAGGCAACAGCAAACAGGAAAAACACCAACUGCUCCAAAAGAAUGUGUUUUUCUCCCAUUCUGGAAACCAACAUGCAGUCUGAACCUAACAUUACAGUGCGAGAUGACAUUGAUGACAUCAACACCAAUAUGUACCAACCACUAUCAUAUCCAUUAAGCUUUCAAGUGUCUCUCACCGGAUUUCUUAUGUUAGAAAUUGUGUUGGGACUUGGCAGCAACCUCACCGUAUUGGUACUUUACUGCAUGAAAUCCAACUUAAUCAACUCUGUCAGUAACAUUAUUACAAUGAACCUUCAUGUACUUGAUGUAAUAAUUUGUGUGGGAUGUAUUCCUCUAACUAUAGUUAUCCUUCUGCUUUCACUGGAGAGUAACACUGCUCUCAUCUGCUGUUUCCAUGAGGCCUGUGUAUCUUUCGCAAGUGUCUCAACAGCAAUCAACGUUUUUGCUAUCACUUUGGACAGAUAUGACAUCUCUGUAAAACCUGCAAACCGAAUUCUGACAAUGGGCAGAGCUGUAAUGCUAAUGAUAUCCAUUUGGAUCUUUUCAUUUUUCUCUUUCCUGAUUCCCUUUAUUGAGGUAAAUUUUUUCAGUCUUCAAAGUGGAAAUACGUGGGAAAACAAGACACUUUUGUGUGUCAGUACAAAUGAAUACUACACCGAACUGGGAAUGUAUUACCACCUCUUAGUACAGAUCCCAAUAUUCUUUUUCACUGUCAUAGUAAUGUUAAUCACAUACACCAAAAUCCUUCAGGCUCUUAACAUUCGAAUCGGCACAAGAUUUUCAACAGGGCAGAAGAAGAAAACAAGAAAGAAAAAGACAAUUUCUCUAACCACACAGCAUGAGACUACAGACAUGUCACAAAGCAGUGGUGGGAGAAAUGUGGUCUUUGGUGUAAGAACUUCAGUCUCUGUAAUAAUCGCCCUCCGGCGAGCCGUGAAACGACACCGUGAGCGACGGGAAAGGCAAAAAAGAGUCUUCAGGAUGUCUUUAUUGAUUAUUUCUACAUUUCUUCUCUGCUGGACACCCAUUUCUGUUUUAAAUACCACCAUUUUAUGUUUAGGCCCAAGUGACCUUUUAGUAAAAUUAAGGUUGUGUUUUCUAGUCAUGGCUUAUGGAACAACUAUAUUUCACCCUUUAUUAUAUGCAUUUACUAGACAAAAAUUUCAGAAGGUCUUGAAAAGUAAAAUGAAAAAGCGAGUUGUUUCCAUAGUGGAAGCUGAUCCUCUGCCUAAUAAUGCUGUAAUACACAAUUCUUGGAUAGAUCCUAAAAGAAACAAAAAAAUUACCUUUGAAGACAGUGAAAUAAGAGAAAAAUGUUUAGUACCUCAGGUUGUCACAGACUAGGGAAAAAUCUAAGUUUCAUUAAGCCCACAUUUAAAUUGUAAAAAAAUGAAAUUACUGCCAAAUAUAAGAAAAAACAUUUUAAGUAUUGGUUAUGUUGUAAAUUUUCGAUGUAAAUGUCAAGAUUAGAUUAGGUCAUAUAUAUUCAAUUUCUUCAUUACAAUGUAUUUGUUGCAUGGCAGUCUGUUAAAGUAAUAUUGUGUAUAUUUUGUCAAUAUUAUGUCCAUCAGAAGAUAUUCAUGUAAGUCAUAUUUUCUAAAUAAUAAAUACAUAGCCUUAAAACAGUGUAUAACUUUAAAAUGUAACUGACACAGGUAUCCUUUUCUUUUUUUUUAUGAGGUGUAUUUGUUUCUACGCCACAAGCUAUAGAUAUAUUUAUAUAAAUGACAAGUGGAAUAGCACUUUAAUAUAAGAACAAAAAUUAUGGUCUCCAAUCAAAAUAAUUCAGAAUUUUCUGUCACUACAUUAUGUUUUCUGGUAUAGUCUACUUGCUAUAUAUUUGAUGCAUCAAAAAUAAUGAACUAUGUGUGAAACUUUAUCCUUUUUUUUGAAUGCCGAAAAUUGUAGAAUUUAUCAGGAUUUUAAAAUUUAAGAACCAAGAAACAACCCUGUAUAUACACUCUAGGAUAGGGAAACUUUGAAAUUCAAGUUUAUUAUGAAAAAGAGAUUGAUUUUCUAAGAUCAAGGGCACUAUGCCUAUAAAUAUAUGAAUAAACCGACAAUAAAGGGAAGGAAGAAAACUAAUGCAUCAGCCUCUUUUCUUCCUUCCUCACUUUGCUUGAGUCUAAGCCAAAUGUUCCGGAUUAAUAUAGUAUACUGGUAAAAACCAGUGCAUUAAAAUAAACUAACUUCCUAACUUUAUUUAAGUCAGUCUUUUUGUAUACCAGAAGUCAGCUGUUAAAAUCUGAAUAAAAGAAAGAAAAAAAAGACUUUCUAUCAUUGUAGAGAAGCUGCACAAAGCCAAUGAUUUCUAAUUUUAGAUAUAUAGCAACUUUAGAGUAAUAAAAUUUACACAAGUUUCCUAUACUAUGAUAGCUUCCAAAUGUUUCAAAGAACAAUAGUUCUAUUUCCAUUCUUAAAAUCAUUUAAGUGGCAAUAAAUCUUGUCAAUUUUUUUACUUUACACCACUUAAUCUAACUUUAAUCCUUGUGUCUCCGAUCUUCAAUUCAUGUUGGAAAACUAUAAAAUUACUAAUCCUAACUACAGAUAAAAGGUUUGGGAAUCUCAUAUCAAACAAAUAUUUUCCAACUGUUAUAAUCCAAUAAUAGAACAGUGAGUGCUAAUUACCACUAUAUCAGAAAAAUAGCAAUAAGUUACUUUAAACAGGCAAAUACAGUUCUUGCUACCUUAUAAUUGAUAACUGGGCAACUUUUUAUUCUAUUUUUCUUUUUUUUAACACUGUGUCCAUCAAAUCAAGUAACAACUCAUCUUUAAAUAAAAUUUUAUGUCAAGGAAUUCAGUAAUACAUCACUUUUACAUAAGUAAGUGAGGUUGAGAUUUACCCAGUCUAGUUUACUGAAUACAUUAAUCCUUGAGAGAAAUGAGCACCAUGCAAUACCUUGAAUUCCCUGAGGUUACAUGGGAAAUUUAAAGUGAUUUAUUUCUGAUAAUGUUAUCAUGUCAAAUCUUAGCAAAAGAACAGUAUCCUUCUUUCUUGUUUUCUACUUUCAUGGAAUUAAAGAUAUGCUUCAAUUUGACAAAAUGUAGCAUAAGAAAAUAGACAUUUUUCAGAACCCUGUAGAGAAAUUAAGACUUCAUAGGUAAGGGUAUUAAAAUUUUUUUCAUUCAGUAAACAUAUUUGGCACAGAAUAUCUCCUAAUAUAGCCAUUAAAAUUUUUUAAACUAAUUUUAUACUUAAACUUCCAAGCACAAAUUAUAAUUGUAUUUAGUUUUAUAAUCUUCAUAAAAAUUAGUCUAUUUUUAGAAUUUUCAUAUUAAGAGAAACCCUCUGUGUCUUAAAUAUUUUUAGUCUUCAAGUCUAUAAGCAUGCCAAAGAACUUGGUUAAAAAACAUUUUUAAAUAUAUUUGCCUAAACUGCUUUCAUGCCCUCUUGUGUUCUGUAAUAAGAAAUCUAACAAAAUAAUAAAUGGCAAAUAUUAUAAUGUUGCCUUCUAAACUGUUAUUAUUUCUACGCUUGACACUGGAACAGACAAUUAACAAGCAUUUUUGCCCUCCUGUAAUGGACUUUCAAGUAUUCAAAAGUAACAUCCAUUGUUUUACAACAAAGAAAAUUCAUACCUACCAAACAACUUCUAAUUGCUUUUUAAUGUUAAAUAGUACGUAAUAUGUAAACCAAAAUAAUAUUUAUAUUAAAGGAUCAGCUUUUGAAAACAAGUCACAAAUAUGCUUAAAAUUAAUGACCUCUGCUUAAAUGAGAGAAUGAGAAGCUUAGACAACUUUAAGUGUUUGUUCUAUGAAAAGGUGAAGUAUUUUUAUUUUCCUCAUGAUGGGCUUCACCAAAACGUAUGUGUCUUUCACUGUA